CGCUGGGAUGAUACAGGUUCCUACAAACACUUUGCUAUGCGAACAGCAUCCUUCCCCCCCGCGUUACCCCCGUACGACUGUGGCACUGUGGCUACGCGAAGGACGUCCGACGUUCGACUUCAGCAGAGGUGUGGCUCUGCCAGGGAUUCGAAGCGGCUUUUUGAGGAUGACGUUCCGACUUCCAUGCUUCGCCGUUCUCAUUGUUGUGGUCGCCGUCUCGUCGAGGGCGGCCCAGGACGGCGUGUGCCCUCUGGGCAUGUACAGAGCCAGCUCCGGAUUUUGCUGUCAAAUGUGCCCUCCAGGCGAAUUCAAGGUCGGGGACUGCCGAGUCGAGGGGCAGUUCCCGCUGUGCACCCUCUGUCACGUCGGCCACUUCAUGGACGUUCCCAAUCGCGCGUCGCAUUGCCGCAAGUGCAGCGAGUGCGGCUUCCACGAGGUUUCCGAGCCUUGCAAUGCGACGCGGGACACUGCGUGCCAUUGUAAGGAGGGCAGCCAGCGACCUGCACCUUCUCAGCACUGUGAACCUUCAGGCCUGGCACGGGGAACGGUUGCGGCCAUUGUCUUGGGGAUUCUGUUCCCUCUCGUCGCCGCGGUGGGAGCCGCCGUGUAUUGUCACCGGACGAGGCCGCAUGGCGCGGUCGAUCGGGACGUGGAGUUUGCUGAGCCUCUCAUCGACGACAAGCCACUGCGGGAGUACUUCGACUACCUCCGGCACCACACCGCCAACAUUUUGGACUACAACGCGCGGCCCGGCGAGGUGGUGCUGCUGAGCAACAGAUUCGUGCAGCCCAUCAUCGUGGCCUACCACCGCGCCGACGAGAAACGCCAGCACGAGUUCAUAUCGCGCGGCAAGCGGCACGCGGACAUCAUCGCGGCCCUCAGAGAGGAGGGGUUCACCUUCGGCAAGCUCUUCCAUCCCGUCGGUGAGGGGACAGAGCUGCCGAAACUCGUCGUCUUGGUCGGCGUUCCGGGCAUCGGCAAGACCACCAUGGCCCAGAUGAUUGUGAACAAAUUGGCGUCUGGCGAGCGGCUCUUCCGCGCGGACUUCCGCAUCGUCGUCUACAUCCAGUUCAGGGAGGUCAACGGAUACCCCGACUCUCUGUCGCUCCGGGACCUCUUCCGAUUGCACCACAAGAGCCUGGGCAACGUUGCUGACCGGGUGUUCGAAAACCCCGAGGAGGCACUGCUGGUCCUGGAUGGGCUCGAUGAGUUCCAGAAGCCCCUGGACUUGGCGAAUGCGUGCAGCGACCCGGACAAGACGGCGAGCAAGGAGGCCAUCUUUGCCGGACUGGUGACGAGGAAGAUGCUCAUGGGCGCGUCGAUGCUGCUCACGACUCGGCCGAUCGCUCUGGAGCGCCUGGGCGGAAUCCAAGUGGACCGCUUUUCCGAAAUCACCGGGUUUUCACGGCAAGAGAUCAAGGACUACGUCGUCAAGUUGUCCGACAACGAAGGGCAGGGGCAGAGACUGUACGACAACCUGGAGAGUUGUGAAAACCUUUUCCACUUUUGCUAUAUCCCCGCGUUUUGCCACAUCGCCGGCAAGGUGGUCAAGUCGUACCUGGAACGGGAGCAGGUCGACGCCUCUGCAGGUUUUGCCGCCGCCACCACCAUGACCGACCUCUUCUCCAAGUAUCUGUACGUGCUCGUGGCCCAUCACAGUCCCAACACCGACAACCUGGGGACGGCCGUAGGCUCGCUCGCCAACAUGGCCUUCUGCGGCAUAAAGGAGAACAUCCAAAUGUUUACGGACAAGGACCUGAAGCGUUUCGACAUCGAUCUCAAUGCCGUGGAGAUUCAGAAGGGCACGUUCCUGGGCGAAGUGUUCAAGAGCGAAGCUGUGAAGGCGGUGAAACUCUACACGUUUUUCCACCUGACGAUCCAGGAGUACUUUGCGUCGCUCGCAGUCUACCUCUCGGACCGGAAUACCGGACACAGCCCCACUGUCGCGGAAGUCAUAGCGGCCAUUGAGGACUGCAACGAUGGGCGCUACGACAUCUUCCAGAGGUUCUUCGCCGGCCUGGCGUCUCCGCACUCCUGGCAGAUCCUCGAAGCUUGCCUGGGCUCGCCGAGGAACAGCUGCCAGCUGCAGAUCAUCGAGUGGCUCCGGCGCAGCAUGGCCAAACUCGCGGACCGCACGCAAGGUGCCAGCGUGCCCACGACGGUCAAGAACAGGCUCGUCAGUCUCCUGCACUGCCUCCACGAGCUGCACCAUGAUGACACCGUGCGUGGCAUAAUGGAGAUGGUGGCGGAGGUGGACCUGUCUGGCGUGAGGCUGUCCCCGCCAGACUGUGCCGCUCUGUCGUACGUCGUGCAGAGUAAAGCCGGACCCCUGGAGGAUUGCGGGAUGACGGAGGAGGAGGUUAAACGACUGCAGCCCGCUCUCGCCUCUUGUAAAGUAGUCAAGUGCGGAGGCAAUGACCUGAACGACGCUGGCGUCGCGCUGCUGCUGAACAAAGAUGCACAGCAAAGGCAUCUGGAAGAGCUGCACCUGUGGAGGUGUUCGUUGAAGGAAAGCUCUGGCGCCGUCAUCCGAGACAUCGUCACGCACAUCCAGAGCUUGAAGACGCUGGUCCUCAACGAGAAUGAGAUCGGAGAUGGAGGCGUCAAGGCAUUGGCCGAGGCGUUGAAGGAGAGAUGCGGCGGUUGCUUGGAAGUACUGAGGCUCGAAUGCUGCUCCCUGACGGAGGAGUCGGGGUCGUCGCUCCGUGACAUCGUACGCAUCUGCGAGCGCUUGAGAGUGCUCGGGCUGGAAGACAACGAGCUUGGAGACCACGGAGUGACGGUCUUAGCGGAGGGCAUCACACAAGGAGGAGGAGGAGGCCAGAGCUUAGAGGAGUUGCUUCUGGCCCGAUGUUCACUGACGGACGAGUCGGCGCCAGCGCUGCGUGACAUCAUAACCGCCGCCAGCGGUCUGAAAAAGCUCAUGCUGGGCGACAACGACUUUGGCGAGGCAGCGAAGUGGAGCCUCGCAUCCACGCGGCCGGAGAUCCACGUCGACUUCGAGCACUGACAGCGGAGGGUCAGAGCCGGGCCUCCUCGCCCCUACCACCCCUCCAACCGCCGCUAACUGCGAGUCGCCGUUCUUCCUUUCGUUCGUUCGUACGGCCGAUGUAGACGCGGAGCGGCGACUGCAAUUUCACAUGAUCAACUUUUAAAAAAAGACACUUUUUGAAUUAGUUUAACAACGUGGUAGGCUUUUCGCGAUUGAUAUCAUCCAUAAUAACAGUUCUUUUGCUGGGUUACAUCACGCAAAUAUAUAAAUGUUGCGUUGUUAAACCCGCCAACACCCGACACAGCCAAUUAGUUAGGUUUGUGUUACGGAAACAGAACCAAUUCGUUACUAGUACAGCAUUAGUGUACAGUGUAGUUUAUAGUAGUGUAUCGUGUAGUGUAUAGUAGUGUAUAGUGUAGUAUAUAGUGUAGUGUAUAGUAGUGUAUAGUGUAGUCGAUUACAGUGUAGCGUAUAGUGUAGUGUAUAGUAGUGUAUAGUGUAGUGUAUAGUGUAGUGUAUAGUGUAGUGUAUAGUAGUGUAUAGUGUAGUAUAUAGUGUAGUGUAUAGUGUAUAGUAGUGUAUAGUGUAGUCGAUUACAGUGUAGCGUAUAGUGUAGUGUAUAGUAGUGUAUAGUGUAGUGUAUAGUGUAGUGUAUAGUGUAGUGUAUAGUGUAGUGUAUAGUAGUGUAUAGUGUAGUAUAUAGUGUAGUGUAUAGUGUAUAGUGUAGUCGAUUACAGUGUAGCGUAUAGUGUCGUGUAUAGUAGUGUAUAGUAGUGUAGUGUAUAGUGUAGUAUACUAGUACAGCACCAGUUGUGUGUUGGAGACCAAAGCCACAACAUUUACAAUCAAAGUACGAACGGAACGUGGCGAAUUUUAGAUUUGACGCUACGGCGGCGUUGCGAGCACCCCUGUGGAGUGAUGGGGUCCUGGGGUCGUGGGAUCAUGGGGUCGUGAUUUGCUGCGUGCUCUAUCGAUGCCCGGCUAAGUCCAUCCGGUGGUCGUCUGGAAAAUAUCUCUUUUUUAAAAUCUCGAAUUACAUUCCGCGGUUCACAAAGCGUAACAA